UGCCCGCUGCCCUGGCCAACGCGACAGACAUGUGGUCUCCUGUGGUUAUCUUGCUCCUGGUGGCGUCGGUGAGGGGGGAAGCUGACGCAGACCCGGAGCCCAUACUACCACCGGGGUACCCACAGUACGCCACCACCUGGGCAGCACAGCAGUUUGGCACACCGCAGGAGAUAGCUGCUGCUGGCGCCUUCAUCUCGCAGCGGCAAGUGGAUCCCCUCCAGUCUACGAACUUCGGUUUCCUGCCAGCCCAGGCGGCUCCCUCUCCACUCUUCGCUGUCCGCAAUGUUCAGGCUCGGCCGUCGUCCCUCGUCUCCAAGGGUAAGCCAGAGGAGAAGCACGACGUGCAGGUGCUGCGGCAUCCAGCUUUCUGGUUCGUCCCGCCUACACCGAUCUUUCUUCACAGCAUCCACGUUCGCGUCCCAGACUCCAGCCUGCAGCAGCACGUACCUGUGGCCGCGCCCUCGGCCCUCAGCUUCGCCAGCCAGCAUGACGCGCAGACCCCCGUCAUCAGGCAAGGCGCAGGUUCCACUUACUUGAAUUUCUAUCCUUACCCUGUGGCCACCCCGGGCUAUGCCUUCACGCGGCAGGCAGUCGACGUGCCUUCCGUUGCCGUGGCGUCGAACGACGACGCCGACGAGAGCGCAGAAGACGACUCGCGCCGCAACUACGUCAUCUUGCGGCACUUCCCGACGGAGCUGGCGAGCUUGGGGUUGAGCCUCCGUGGCAUAGAUAAUGAGGCUGUCAUCCCCGCCGGCAUCGUCCAGUCGACGCAGCCUUCCUUCACCCGCGUCGUGUUCCGCAACGACAAGGCGCACCCGAGCCUCCACGACAAGGAGCCGGCGACGGAUGGCGCCGUUCUUGCUGUGUAACCUGUGUGUGUGUGUGUGUGUGUGUGUGUGUGUGUGUGUGUGUGUGUGGCCAGGACACCCAGAGGCUCCCCUAUGAGGAGGGGAACUCUGAGGUCUCCACAUGUAAAUUUCCAGAUUUUUUAACCAGAUUACAAAUCAGUAUAGUCAGCCCUGUAUAUCUGAGCGUCGAGAGGUGAGUGUUUGAUAUUAUAAAUCUCUUGUCAAGUUACCAAUGUGGAAAAAAAAACUCCAAAGAAUGUGUGAAGAAGUCUCAAGAUGUUUCCAAGUAGGUUAGUAACCAGCAGCAGAUGGUACCAAAUAGGUACCAGCUUCUCCCGCAGAUAGUACCUAUAGACCCCUAGAAGAUACCUGCUCGCCCAGAAGAUGGUACCUAUGGAGUACCAGCUCCACCAGCACAGGGGUACCUAGGUGGGGGAGGUACCAGCUGCACCAGCAGGCGUGUCCCAGGAGCUACAGCCCGCGAGCACCUGCUGACGGACGCGGUGUUCCUAAACAUUGUAUAUCAUAUGUUUUUAUUUUUCUUAAAUUUUCAACCAUUAUGUAAAGUAAAAUCUAAGUCAAUGUUUCCUAAAAACCAGUUUCCAUAAAGAAAAAUUUAUUAGCUGUCUGAAUAAAAUAAAAUUUAUGAUGA